AUGGUAAAAGCGCCUCGUCCGCAGCCUGAUGAUUCAGAAGCAUCCAGCACAAAGGAGAAAGGAAACCCAAGCGCAACACCUGCUACGAACGGAAAGGGUAGGCGAGUAGCAAGCAGCGCCGUUAAUACAAAUGAAUCAGGUGCAAAUAGCACACCCACUGCCGCUGGUGCUGUAGCAGGAGCUGCGGGAAGUACCAAUACGGAAGGUAAUAUUGGAAUACAAUGGUCAGAAUUUGAUCCAUCUCUAUUGCAUCGUUAUCGGUACGAGCACGGAAUGAAUACUCCCCCGGCCUUCAACAGUUCAUACAAUCAAACUGUUCUUUCUCAAUCGAGUAUCGGCCGCAUGUCACCAAGUAUGGUCCGUAAGAAGGAGCACAAGAGGCAAAGCAAAGAUCAAUUGGCCAACACUGUACGCAAGCAUUUUAACAGUCAGUCGGUCAAUGAAAACGAGGUUAUAGUCAAGUUCUUAUACAAGGUUCGAUAUCAGGACAAGAAAUUUCGAAUGCGAUUCAUGCCACAGUUACGACACAUGUAG